AUGGAAAUAUCAGAGCCUACUAAAAUAGUGUUCUACGUUAGCAGAAUAUUUGGCCUAGCACCUUACGUAAUAAAACGCACCUCCAAGGGAAAAAUUAUAGAUUACAAACGUAAUGCGUUCCUGAUAGUUUACAGCCUAGGGCUAGUGUUUUGUUUAGCUGGACUUACAUAUAAGGGAAUAUUUUUCGAUGUUACUUCGAAGAAGCCUAUACGAAUGAAAACGGCAACGUCGAAGGUGGUCACCAUCCUGGAUGUGUCGGUUGUUGUAUCGGCAUGCAUUUGUGGCACACUCAGUGGCAUAUGGGGGCUACAGUUUGUACGCGAGCUUAAUCAACGCCUUAACGAGGCAGAUGAAAUUUUAUCGCUCUACGUAAGGGAACGCAACCGAGGCCGUCAAAGACGCAAAGGAAUGCUUAUGUUGGGAUUAGUCAGUUUUAUCAUCACUGGUGCUCUCUCUUUAGAUAUCUGGGUUUGGUACAGAAUUGCAGACAAAAUAAAAAAUGAAUACAGUGAUUCAAGUGCAAAUGUACUAGGAUAUUUUCCUUUCUACUGUUUGUAUUACAUACUUAUGAUGUUUCAUGUACUGUUUGCCCAAGCUGCCCUAGGUAUCGGCAGUCGAUAUCGUGACCUAAACAUAGCCCUCUGUGAAAUGUUCCCCCAGUGUAAGUUUAAUUCAUUGCCUCAGCUACUACUUGCCGGGGUUCUUUCCUAUCUUUUGCUUCACUGUUUACAUCUCUUCACUUUAAUUUUAGUUAAUAGAGUACCUCACAUCGAUUUGUCACCAAUCUCCUCCAUCAAUAUUGAGACAGAAAAAACUCUCCCUAUCGAGAUCACUCCAAGAAAGGGUAUGGCUAACGUUCUGCAUGGUAUUCAAAGAAAAAGAAAUUAUUCAUCCAAAAGAAUUAUCAGUGAUCUAGCAGAAAUACAUGCGUCUCUAUCCUACGGUAUAGUUCUCGUUUCAAAAACCUUCGGCAUUGCUCUACUUGCUGUGCUGGGAUCAUGUCUUUUGCAUCUCGUAGCCACAUCCUACUUUUUAAUGGUUGAGUUGGUUGGAGAUAAGGAUGCUGUAUUUGCAUGGAUCCAAGCAUUGUGGUUGUUUAUUCAUAUUUUCCGUUUUUUGCUUACCAUUGAGCCGUGCCAUAUAACGAAUGUAGAGUCAAACCGUACAAUUACCAUAAUCAGCAGUCUAAGGCGAUCUUGUAAAGAUCCAGAUAUGAUAGAAAGUAUCAACAUGUUUUGGCAGCAAUUAGUAGGGAGUAAUUUUUCUUUCACGGCUUGUGGACUUUGUACAAUGGACAGACGAAUCAUUACAUCAUACUGCGGAGCAAUCGCUACUUAUUUGGUCAUAUUGAUCCAAUUUAAAGAAGCGGAUGAUAAUUCUCCAAAACCACCACACUAA